AUGGAGAUCGACGAGUUGGUGUUGUUGGAUGAGCAAUUGGAUUUACAGGGUAUGAAUGUGAGUUCUUCCAAAAGGGCUGCUCUACCAAAAGAAAAUGAGAAUGUGGAUAUGCUUAAUCAUGAUUUUGCAGAAUCCGAAUGGUCAUUAGUCUUCGUUCUGACGCUGGGAGUGAUGGAUACACGACAGGAACUAGCUUGCUUGUCCUCUGAUGUUCAGCCUCUUCACUUAUUCUUGAGGUCAUCAAGCAUGCCUCUAGCAACCCAACCUGCCAUACACUUGUAUAGGAAAAUGUCAUUCGACUGGCUAGUUUCUCUCCUCAGUCUUGUGAUCUCUUCGGAUGAGGGUUAUACACAGAGAGUGCAAUACAAGUCUGAGAACCACCACAUCAUCCAACUCAGCUCGCUAUUGCCUUCUGCUUCUUGCACACCUUCAUCAACUGGUGGUAUCCGGGAAUCAUCGCUAGAAGUAGUGCAUAAGCACGGUCCAUGCUCUCCACACACUAGAACCAAGCCAAACACUCUCAACCACACGAAAACCCUGGUCUGGGACCAAUCAAGGGUCGAUUCGAUUCAAUCUAAGAUCUCAACGAGCAGCAGCAACAACACCAACAAAGGACCCGGCUUAGGAAGCUCAAAGGCCACUGUCCCGGCCAAGCUUGGCAUCCCAUUUGACUCACUUGAGUACAUUGUGACCGUUGGCCUUGGCUCGACACGGUCGAAGCUCACUCUCAUCUUCAACACCAGCAGUGAUCUCACUUGGACUCAGUGUGAACCAUGCUCAUUCUGCUACCCUCAAUCCGAGCCGAUCUUCAGCCCGUCUCACUCCUCAUCUUACGCUAAUACACCGUGUACCUCGCCCAUGUGCAGGAGUUCCGGAUCAGGUAUAUAUCAUUCAAGUAUUUUGACAAGCUGCUCCCACUCAAGAUGCAGUUACCAAGCAACGUAUGGAGACCUAUCGUAUUCGUACGGGAACCUCGCGACUGAUACAUUGAUGUUGAUGUCCACAGAUGUAGUAAGGAACUUUCAGUUCGGUUGCGGCAGAGUGAAUUAUGGCUCCUUUGGCGGAACGGCCAGCCUGCUUGGCCUCACCAGGGACGGCUUGUCGAUCGUUAGACAAACUGCGAGCAAGUACGGCCGAUAUUUCUCCUAUUGCUUGCCCUCUUCUUCCAGCUCGAAGGGGUAUCUAACAUUUGGGAAGACUAGGGAGACGCCUAAGCCAUUAACCUUCACACCGAUUGCCGCAAUUCAAGAAAGCUCAAUGUUCCGUGGCAUAAACAUAGUGGAAAUCGCGGUCGCAAGGACUAAAUUGCAAAUCCCGUCGGCAAUCUUCUCGAAGGCGGAGGCCCUCAUUGACUCUGGGACCGUCGUCACGUGA